AUGACUAAUUUGUGGGAUCAGUUGGCUCUUAUAGAAUCAACUGAGUUGAAAGUUAUCAAAGCGUACAUUGAUCAAAGAGAGAUACAACAUCUGAUUUGGUUUCUAAUGGCUCUUCAAGAAAUCAUACUUAAGAUUCAUUGUGGUGUGUCAGAUAAGGGAAUUCUCUCAACUCCUCCUUCUGUUUUUGCUGCUCCUGGUCAAAAAGGAAAAUCUCAAGGGAGGGUUAGACUUGGGAUUGAAGUUUCCUACUCUCCUAAAUGCUACCUUCUUUCUCAAUCCAAGUACAUUUCCAACAUUCUUGAACAGACUCAUAUUUCGGAUAAUAGAGCAGCAGAUACUCCUCUUGAGUUGAAUGUGAAAUACGCUCCCUCAGAUGGUGUUCCUUUACCAGAUCCCACUUUGUACCGUACUUUGGUUGGCAGCUUGAUGUAUCUUACGAUUACCAAACCUGAUAUUGCUUAUGUUGUUCAUAUUCCAACUUCAAUGCACUGUCAUAACAAGAGUGCUAUUCAAAUUGCUCAUAAAUCGGUCUCUCAUGAACGCACCAAGCACACUGAGAUUGAUUGUCAUUUUACUCGUUAUCUUCUUCAGUAUGGAACCAUUACUCUACCAUUUGUCUCAUCUUCCUUUUAG